AACAUGUGGGUGUCCAGCGAGGACGAUUACAAGAUUCGGGAGGCAGGAUCGUCUGAGAAGACACUUCGGGUGAGGUUUCCACUCCACCGACCUGCCGCUGUCUCUCUGUAUCACCAGGGACAACAAGGUGAUGGUCGGUACACACAAAACUGUGACAGUUUACACACCAGAAGGCGAAGUCGUUCAGCGGACUACCACUGACCGUACCAAGCGACAAAUGGUCACUUUUCCACGCCACAUCGCACAGUGUCCAGUUUCCGGUAACAUUGCCGUGGCUGAUGGGGACGAUCCAGAGUGGGGUGGAGAUGACAAACCACACAUCAUGGUCAUGGAUUCAAACUUGCUCCUUCAGUUCCGGUACAGAGGAAACAAGAGCGAUUCAGCUGGCAAGAAGAAAUCCGGACCGUUCUUUGAUCCGUACGAUAUGUGCUUCGAUGCCAGCGGGAACUUGAUCAUAGCGGACAGAAACAACCGAUCUUUAUUACUGAUAAACAGGGAAGGCCGAUACCUCAGUACACUCCACGUUGACCAGGCCAGACCCGUGGCUGUCAGUCUCCAAAACGAAAACAUCCUGUGGGUUGGCUUUGACCGCGGAAAAGUAAAGGUUUUCCGCUACAGCUAAGGGAGUAAACGACGGAGGAUCGGUAAACGAUGUGUUGUGAUUUGGAAGGGUGGACUUAUACUUACCAAAGAGAAAUGUCGUCGAUUUCCGAAACGUUAACGAUGACGUCUAAAUAUGACUUGGUUCAAGUGUAAUGUGCAGACAAGUAUGAAGAUAUAUUGUGUAUAUCUAGUCAUUACAGAAGGAAGUGGUUUAUUGGUGUUUUGUCGUGUUCUUCAACAAUCCACAAUGCGCUUUCAUGCCUUUCACCAGGAGUGAUAUCGGAAGAUGAUGAUAAAUGGGUCAUGUUUUGAAGCGCAGUGCAAGUGUGGAAACUAUAUACAUUACUCUGGCCUGGUUGUGUCAAAAUACUGUAAUAUGCUGUAUCUGUGUCUGUUCUCGUCUUUCUGGAAAUAAUCAGAUAUCGACAUAGUCAUUUGUGCAAUGUGUAAACAGUGUGAAUUCCAUGGCGCAUUGACUGUGGAAUGUCCUUUUUUCGAAAAAUGUGGAGUCUUGUAAUGUAUGCCGCACGCCGGAUAGUUCAAUACAUGUAUCUUACAGGAAGUGACUCGUACCAUUGUCACGCACGUGUCGUAGUACCGUUUGUGACUGCAAGGACGACCGCAUUAUAAAAAAAAUAUUCUCCUCAAAUUUGUAUUACUUAAAUCAUUUUAUAUUCGACCAGGAGAAAUACCUAAAAAUAAGAAAUUAUACUUUAGUCAUUAAAAUACUUCUCAGAACUAUACGUAGCUUGGGUUCAUUACAAAUAAUAUGAUAGCAGUGAUGGAUCUGUCACACACACACACACACACACACACACGUACGCACACAAAUCCUUACACAUGUAUAUGU